GGCGGAGAGACGGAGGAAGGAGUCGCACAAUCAAACAAAAACAGAAUAACUCACAAUGUCACGGCCCAACGCUAACACGAAGGGUAAAACCCCUCGGAGACCUGUCCCGAAAAAACAAGUCAACAACCAGAAAGACCCAGUCGGUGUUUACUGCCGCGUUCGACCCUUGGGAAGCGAGGAUGAGGAAUGCUGCGUGGAGGUGAUCAGCAGCACCACCAUCCAGCUACAUCCGCCAGACGGCAUCAAAGCCAACAGGAAUGGGGAAUUCAAAGAGACACAGUAUUCUUUCAAGAAGGUCUUUGGCAUCCAGAUAUCCCAGAUGGAGUUGUUUGAGGAUGUGGCCAAACCGCUUGUUGAUGACCUCAUUCACUGUAAAAAUGGUUUACUCUUCACCUACGGUGUGACUGGCAGUGGGAAGACCUACACAAUGACAGGCUCCCCUGGGCAGGGCGGGCUCCUGCCGCGGUCUCUGGACAUGAUCUUCAACAGCAUCAGUCCCUACCAGGCCAAGCGAUAUGUAUUCAAGACUGAUGACAAGAAUGGCAUGGAGGUUCAGAACCAGGUGGAUGCUCUCUUAGAGAGGCAAAAGAGGGAGAGCCAGCAGUCUGUUCCCAAAACCCCCUCAUCCAGGCAGAAACUUGACCCUGAGUUUGCAGACAUGAUCAACCCUCAGGAGGCCUGCAGAGCUGAGGAUGUGGAUGAGGACAGCAGCUACAGCGUGUUUGUUUCCUACAUAGAAAUAUACAAUAACUACAUCUAUGACCUCCUGGAGGAACUUCCUAUUGACCCCAUUAAACCAAAACCUCCCCAGUCUAAGAUUCUGCGAGAGGACCAGAACCACAACAUGUAUGUGGCUGGGUGCACUGAGGUGGAGGUGAAGUCAACAGAAGAGGCCUUUGAGGUCUUUUGGAGAGGUCAGAAGAAGCGCAGAAUUGCGAACACACAGCUGAACCGAGAGUCGAGCCGCUCCCACAGUGUGUUCAUCAUCAAACUUGCCCAGGCGCCUUUGGAUGCAGAUGGGGACAAUGUUCUACAGGAUAAGAACCAAGUGAACGUGAGUCAGCUGUGCCUGGUCGACCUGGCGGGGAGCGAGCGCACCAGCAGGACCCGGGCAGAGGGCAGCCGACUGCGGGAGGCAGGAAACAUUAACCAAUCCCUGAUGACGCUGCGCACAUGUAUUGAAGUACUGCGUGAGAAUCAGAUGUGUGGGACCAACAAGAUGGUGCCUUACAGAGACUCCAAAGUGACUCAUCUGUUUAAGAACUAUUUUGACGGUGAAGGAAAAGUCAGAAUGGUGGUUUGCGUGAACCCCAAAGCUGAGGAUUAUGAAGAGACCAUGCUGGUGAUGCGGUUUGCAGAGAUGACUCAGGAGGUGGAGGUGGCGCGCCCGGUGGACCGGCCCAUCUGCGGCUUCGCUGCCGGCCGGCGGCAGAGAAACCAGGCCUUCAAGGAGGAGCUUUCCCGCCGGCUAGAGGAACGAGGUGGCCCCAUCGACGGAGAAACCCUCUCAGUCAUGAACCAGCUCAUGCAGAGCUUCCCCCCGCUGCCGCCCAGCGAGCUGACUGACCCCACCGAUGACCACACCCUCCCCAGGCUUAUCGAGGUGCUGGAGAAGCGGCACCGCAUCCGCCAGAUGCUCACAGAGGAGUACAAUAAAGCUGCCAACAUGCUGAAGUCAAUGCUUCAGGAGUUUGACGGCAACCUCGUCGCCAAAGACAACUUCAUCCAGGACCAGAGGGGCAAGCUGGGAGAGAAGGACAAAAUGAUCCAGAACCAGAAGGCCGAGAUUGACCGCCUGGAGAAGAAGGCCAAAAUGCUGGAGUACAAGAUCGACAUCCUGCAGAAAACGACCAACAUCUACGAGGAGGACAAGCGUUCGCUGCAGCAGGAGCUGGAGAGCCGUGAGCAGCGGCUGCAGCGGGAGCUGUCGGAGAAGCGGCGCAUGGAGGCACGCAUGCAGGGCAUGGUGUCCGACACCAAGCUCAAGUGGGAGAAGGAGUGUGAGAGGCGUGUGAAUGCUAAGCAGAUGGAGAUGCAGAAUAAGCUGUGGGUGAAGGAUGAGAAGCUGAAGCAGCUGAAAGCCAUCGUGACAGAGAGCCAGUGUGAGCGGCCAGAAAAGCCCCAGCGUAUGCCCCGCAAGGACAAGGACGAGCCAGCGCCCACGCCUGCUAAAAGAUCGGCCUCGCCCUCCCCUGUGCCUGUUCAGGUGCAUUGGCCCCCACAGGUCAGGCAGGCUCCCCCUUCGCCCUCUCCCUCCCCCAGCAGUAUGUCUGUAGCUUCCUGUAUCUCGGAGUGGGAGCAGAGAGUGCCCCAGGACAGCAGGCAGGGUAGGGUCCACACCCCAGGUGACACUGGCCGGAGGAGGGGCAGGUGCUGGACCGGAGACGGAGAAGUCCCCGUCCGGCCGUGUGACCUAGAGGAGCUUGGUCAGAGGACUGGGCUGCCAGUGCGACCGCGACACAGACGCUCUCACUCUGCGGGGGCGGAGAGGUGGGUUGAUCACAAACCCCCCUCCAACCUGGAGCUCGACACUGUGCUCCAGCCCAACCUGCCCAACGCCAUCAAAGUGUCAGCACCCACUGAGAAAGCGCUGUCUAAGUGCGACAAGUAUGUGCUGACGCACCAGGAGGUGGCGUCGGACGGAGAGAUUCGAACCAAACUGAUCAAGGGAGAAGUGUUCAAAACAAGAGCUGGGGGGCAGUCGGUCCACUUCACAGACAUCGAGACAUUGAAACAGGAGUGCCCUACGGCUCCCAGCCGCAAGAGGAGAUCAUCAGGGAAGGAGGAUGACCCUCCAGAGGGGGACUGGACAGACGUGGAGACAAGGUGUGCUGUGGCUGUGGAGAUGAGGUCAGGCUCAAAGAUGGACCCUGCAUUGCAUGGAUGUCAGAAACGCAGAAAGCCUUGAGACUGCAGGGAUAACUGCCACAAGGAGGAAACAAGCCUCAAACCCUAUUUAAUCCUCA